UAGAGAUGGAUAGAGAUAGAGAGAGAAAAAACACUUUUCUGCGAAGCUGUCAAUGGCAAAGAGAUGAAAAACGUUAUAAUUCCCGCCGAGCUUCCCAGCGUCAAUAUGACCAUCUAGAAACUAUUUUUAUUUCUAUUUGUAAUAAAGUUCUCUCCUUUUUUCAUUAAUCCUAAAUCCAUUAUUUUCUUCUGAUUUCUGGUAUUCCGCGUGCUUGAAGAGGUCUCCAUAUGAAAUUUCGCUGGAAGAAUUGUAAAAAUCUUCCGUUUCCUAAGUCAAUGGAAUAGAUUUCAAAGUUUUAAUGGUCAACGGGUGGCCGCCAUCUCUUAUGAGGGUUUCAAAGACGCCAGCUUUCUCUUUUCUUCUCCAAGCUUUUUAUAGCGUUUGGAGAGAACGAUAGAUGUUCCAGCUUAUUUGUUCCUCUCCCCUUCUUUGUGCUGAUAUUUUCUGUUUAGAGGAGGAAGACGAAGAUUUUCAGGAAAAGAUUGAAGCUUUGAGGUUUGAGCUUCAGAUUUGCAGAAAAGGUUGAAGUUUGUGAGGGUUUCGUGUUCUUAGAUGCUUUGAUCAGAGGUGGAAGAAGGCUGAGGUUGAGUUUGCUGUGUAGAGCUUUUGAUCUGUUGAUGAAGUAAUGAACUUUGAAGCAUUCAAACUUGAGAUUUGCUGAAAAAGAUUGAAGAGAGAUCGGGAAGGUCAGAUAAGGUUGGCUGGUGAGACUACAGAGAAGAAAGAGAUGGCUGGUGGAAGAAGAAAGAAGAUUCAUUUCAGUAAGUUCUUCAGCUUCAAUUGUGGAAAAUCGUCUCUGCAGGAUGAGCAGCAGAACCAGAUUGGAGGGCCAGGAUUUUCAAGGGUGGUUUUUGCGAAUGAUCCAGCUUGUUUUGAGGCUACUAAUCUGAACUAUGGAUUGAAUUAUGUGUCAACUACAAAGUAUAAUUUGGCGACAUUUCUGCCAAAAUCACUAUUUGAGCAGUUCAGAAGGGUCGCAAAUUUUUAUUUUCUUGUUACUGGUUGUCUGGCUUUCACACCAUUAGCACCUUAUGGUGCUGUGAGUGCGAUUCUUCCUCUUAUUGUUGUGAUUGGAGCAACUAUGGCAAAGGAGGCUGUUGAAGAUUGGAGGAGAUUUCAGCAGGAUACUGAGAUGAACAAUCGAAAAGUUAAGUUUCAUCGGGGUGAUGGAACUUUUGAGCGUACAGAAUGGAAGAAGCUGAGGGUAGGAGACAUAGUGAAGGUGGAGAAGGAUGAAUUCUUCCCUACUGAUCUGAUCUUACUUUCCUCUAAUUAUGAAGAAGCGAUUUGUUAUGUGGAAACUAUGAAUCUUGAUGGAGAAACCAAUUUGAAAAUGAAACAGGCUUUGGAGGUAACAUCAAAUUUGCAUGAUGACUCUAGUUUUCAAAAUUUCAAAGCAAUAAUAAAAUGUGAAGAUCCGAAUGCAAACCUCUAUACUUUUGUUGGAAGCAUGGAAUACCAAGACCAGCCAUACCCCCUCUCGCCGCAGCAAAUUCUUCUUCGCGACUCGAAACUUCGGAACACCGAUUACAUUUACGGUGUAGUGAUAUUCACCGGCCAUGACACGAAAGUGAUGCAGAAUGCCACCGAUCCGCCAUCAAAGAGAAGCAAAAUUGAGAGGAAGAUGGAUAAACUUAUAUACCUCUUGUUGUUUUUCUUGGUUGUAAUUGCGACUAUUGGAUCGAUCAUCUUUGGCAUCAAAACCCAUGAGGAUUUGAACAAUGGAAAGAUGAAGAGAUGGUAUCUCCGACCAGAUGAUACCAAAGUUUUCUAUGAUCCUAAAAGAGCGCCUCUUGCAGCCAUCUUACAUUUUCUAACUGCACUUAUGCUUUAUAGUUACUUCAUUCCAAUAUCCUUGUAUGUAUCAAUAGAAAUUGUCAAAGUACUGCAGACCAUUUUUAUCAACCAAGACAUCGAAAUGUAUCACGAGGAAUCUGAUAAACCGGCGCAUGCUCGUACCUCGAACCUGACUGAAGAAUUAGGCCAAGUUGAUACCAUCCUUUCAGAUAAAACAGGAACGUUAACUAUGAACUCAAUGGAGUUCAUCAAAUGCAGCAUUGCUGGUACUGCUUAUGGCCGUGGUGUCACAGAAGUCGAGAGAGCAAUGGCUAAAAGAAAAGGUGUGCCUUUGUUUUCUGAAGAAGAGAAUGAAGAGGAUAAUGUGGUUAAUAGACCUGCAAUAAAAGGAUUCAACUUCAUAGAUGGAAGAGUCAUGAAUGGGAACUGGGUCAAUGAGCCUUAUUCUGAAGUAAUACAGAAAUUUUUUCGAUUGUUGGCAAUCUGCCAUACUGCCAUACCUGAAGUUGAUGAAGCCUCAAGACAGAUAACAUAUGAAGCUGAGUCACCUGAUGAGGCUGCCUUUGUUAUUGCAGCUAGGGAGCUUGGAUUUCAGUUCUACCAGAGAACUCAGACAGCCAUCUCUUUGUAUGAGCUGGAUCCUUUGACAGGCAAUACUGUUGAAAGGCAAUAUAAGCUUUUGAACAUCUUAGAGUUUAGUAGUGCAAGAAAAAGGAUGUCUGUGAUUGUUCAAAGUCCAGAAGGAAAGCUGCUACUUCUCAGUAAAGGUGCUGACAGUGUAAUGUUUGAAAGACUUUCAAAUGAGGGUAGGGAGUUUGAAGAAAAAACAAAGGAGCAUAUUAACGAGUACGCAGAUGCCGGUUUAAGAACUUUGGUUCUUGCUUAUCGAGAGCUUGAUGAAGAGGAAUAUGAAAGAUUCGAAAAGGAAUUUACAGAGGCGAAGAAUUCUGUAAGUGCCGAUAGGGAUGAAAAAAUCGAUGCAGCUACUGAUAAGAUCGAGAAAGAUUUUAUUCUUCUCGGUGCCACAGCUGUCGAAGACAAGUUGCAAAAUGGGGUGCCUGAAUGCAUUGACAAACUAGCUCAGGCAGGAAUCAAGAUAUGGGUUCUUACAGGUGACAAGAUGGAGACUGCUAUAAACAUAGGUUUUGCCAGCAGCCUAUUAAGACAAGGAAUGAAGCAGAUAAUCAUCACACUGGAGACACCAGAUUUGAUUCUGUUGGAGAAACAAGGGAACAAAGAUGCAUUUGCCAAGGCAUCAAAGGAAAGUAUAACCCGCCAAAUCAACGAAGGAAAUAAGCUUCUAAGUUCGUCAACUUCGGAUUCAUUUGCUCUGAUCAUUGAUGGAAAAUCACUCACUUAUGCUUUGGAAGAUGAUCUCAAGAACCUCUUGUUACAGUUGGCUAUUAGGUGCGCAUCAGUGAUAUGCUGCCGCUCUUCUCCCAAGCAAAAGGCCCUUGUUACAAGAUUGGUGAAAACAAACACACGUAAAGUCACCUUAGGGAUUGGUGAUGGUGCCAAUGAUGUGGGAAUGCUACAAGAAGCGGAUAUUGGAAUUGGUAUAAGUGGAGCUGAAGGAAUGCAGGCAGUCAUGGCAAGUGAUGUUGCAAUUGCUCAAUUUAGAUAUCUGGAGCGCUUGCUUCUUGUGCAUGGGCAUUGGUGUUAUAGGAGGAUCUCAUCAAUGAUCUGCUACUUUUUCUACAAGAACAUCACGUUUGGACUUACUAUAUUCUUGUAUGAGGCUUAUACAACAUUCUCAGGGCAACCAGUCUAUGAAGAUUGGUCCCUAUCACUGUAUAAUGUCUUCUUCACAUCACUUCCGGUGGUGGCUUUGGGUGUAUUUGACCAGGAUGUUUCUGCUCGGUUUUGUCUCAAGUUCCCCAUGUUGUAUCAAGAAGGUGUGCAGAAUCUACUAUUCAGCUGGCGUCGCAUCAUUGCUUGGAUGUUCAAUGGCGUGAUUAGUGCCAUAAUGAUCUUCUUCUUCACAACAAGCAUCUAUGAGCACCAAGCAUUCCGCAAGGGCGGUGAGGUUGUAGACCGAAGCAUUCUUGGCGCCGCCAUGUACACUAGUGUGGUAUGGGUUGUCAAUUGUCAGAUGGCGGUCUCAGUUAGCUAUUUCACCCUCAUUCAACACAUCUUCAUUUGGGGCGGUAUCGCGCUAUGGUACAUCUUCCUCCUUAUUUAUGGCGCAAUAAAUCCGAUAAUUUCGACAAUAGCCUACCAAGUGUUCGUUGAGACAUUGGCACCUACACCAUCUUUCUGGAUUACAACUCUUUUUGUUGUGAUUUCAACUCUUAUUCCAUACUUCAUGUUCACUGCAAUUCAGACAAGGUUCUUCCCUAUGUACCAUAAUAUGAUCCAAUGGAUAAGAUUUGAUGGGAAGGGGGACGAUCCCGAGUAUUGCCAGGUCGUGCGGCAGAGAUCGGUGAGACCGACAACCGUCGGUGUAUCGGCAAGGCUAGAUGCUAAGGUUAGUCAGAUUACAAGGAAAGUACACCAUGCAGCUCAAUAAGCAUACAUAGCAAUCAGUCUGAGUUCAUUGCUUACAUAUUGUACAGUUCAUACUUGGAUCAAUGGAGAAGCAGCUCUGAGGGAUGACCAUUUCACACAAGUGGCAAUUGUGCAGUUGGAGAGACGCUGGGUUUUGUGUCCUCACCGAGUUUUAGAUUUAGAUGUAGGCUUUGUUGUAUUAUUUUGUAAGCCAGUGUUAGGUGCACAGGAUAGGGAGAUGACCAAUGUAAAUUAGUAUUCCUUUUUUGGUGUUUUGGGGGUAAAUUCUUUUGUUUUUGGUUUUGUUAUUUAUAUAGUUCAAGGUAGAAUAUCUAUCAGUCAUCAAUAAAAGAAGAAAAGCAGUUUACGGGGAUGAAUCACCUGUUUUUUC